CGCGCGCAUCCUCAGGUGGCGGGCGGUUUAUACACACUCCACAUCACCUGUGACACACACACGCCGGGAGCUCCUGCGAGCGGGGUUCCGGAUCCUAACACAGACCUCCCUGUUCAGCGUUGCUCUCGCCGGGCCGGAGGACGACUUUCUCGGGCUUGAAGCAGCUCCUUCCACUCGGCAUCUCCUCACCGGCGGCGGGACGACGACAAAGUGACGACGAUGGCGUCCAACGAGUUGCGGCUCCAACAACCACCGCCCCCAAAGGAUGCGGCGGACCAGAACUUUGACUACAUGUUCAAGCUGCUGAUCAUCGGCAACAGCAGCGUGGGCAAGACCUCCUUCUUGUUCCGUUACGCCGACGACUCCUUCACCUCAGCCUUCAUCAGCACUGUGGGCAUCGACUUCAAAGUCAAGACCGUAUUCCGCAACGACAAGCGGAUCAAACUGCAGAUCUGGGACACGGCGGGACAAGAGCGCUAUCGGACCAUCACCACCGCGUACUACAGAGGGGCCAUGGGCUUCCUGCUCAUGUACGACAUCACCAACCAGGAGUCCUUCACCGCCGUCCAAGACUGGGCCACGCAGAUCAAACAAUACUCGUGGGACAACGCCCAAGUGAUCCUGAUCGGUAACAAGUGUGAUAUGGAAGAUGACCGGCUGAUACCCACAGAAGAUGGCCAGCGUAUUGCGGAGGAACUUGGCUUCCAGUUCUUCGAGGCCAGCGCAAAGGACAACAUCAACGUCAAGCAGGUGUUCGAGUGCCUUGUGGACGUGAUCUGUGACAAGAUGAACGAGAGCAUGGAGGCGGACUUCCGCUUAGCACCCAACCACAGGAACCAAGGCCUGAAAGACUCUCCUCCUUCCGUUGACAAGAGCAACUGUGCUUGCUAAACCACACGCACACACACACACACACACACACUAAUCAACUUUUCUGUGCCUGGACUGUGGGACUUGCUGCUCCUCUUCCUCUCUGUUGACUGCAGCCCCGCCCAGCACAAAAGGCAGAAGGCUGAGAUAGUCAUCGUCACUGUUAGAGACCCCACACCCCUGCGCCGUACCAGGCCCCUCUCGUUCUUUUCUCCCGAGGACUCAACCCUCACGCUCCGCUGCGUCCACAACUACUAUCAAGUACGUGCUGCAAGCAUGCAUGACGAUGUCAUCACAUCCAACACAUCUCAGCCAAUAUUAGACACUCUGCCAUUGCUCUACGAGACCAAACUGUUCCAUUUUAACUGGUAAUGUCCGACAGCUAUUGCCUUAUGUAUACUGUUUUUUUCAUUUGUGCACUGCAUUAUGACAGCGCUGUCAAAUAUUUAAUAUACUAUUUAACCUGAGCUGAACCGUACCAUACCAAUCACACAAGUGAGAAAACGUGGGAAAAAAAAUGGCAAAACACUGUAAAAACUACAAUUAUCUGUUUCGUUAUAGUAAUAAAAAAUACUGUGCUUGUAUUUUA